UUUCCGUAAAUCGUCCUUUUGCAAAUUAUCCACGCGUGUUUCCCGUGUUUCACAUUGCAAUACACCAUUUUAGUGUGGUGUUUUGUAUAACGAAAAGUACUUUAGGCAAAACUGUUUCGGCGUGUCGUUUGUAUAAAGUACAAUUUCUAGCUAGCUUGAAAAAACCACUAAAAUGAGCCGAAGGAACAGGCGCCGACAAUUCGGUUGCGAUCGCAGACGACCAGAUUGGGAUCCACGGGGUUUUCUCGAUUUUAUACAAUUCGACAGUGACAGCGACAGUGAUAUUGAAUUAUCCUUUCCUUACGACAAGCCUCACUCUCGAUCAUUCGGUUCAGAUACAAACAUCUUAAAAACGGAAGACGGAAUUGAUGUUAAUACCGUAUACGCCAGUUUUAAAGAUGUUUAUUAUAUGAAGAAGGAGGAUGUGCAAGGCCUGUUCAAGCAGUUUGGAGAAGUGAAGUCCGUCAGGCUUCACGAAAAUGUCCAAAGAAAGCCCGAACGCACAAAAAAAUCGUUUUCUCGACGACAAGGUGCUGGCGAAGGCAACGUCGAACAUACACACAUAUAUGGAUUCAUUUCCUUUAAAACAUGUGAAGACGCUGCCAGGUGCUUAAGAAAUAAAAGCAAACUGAACAACAUAUGCUUCAUAGCUAAAGCAGAUAGUUGGCACCAAGAUGCGUAUCAGGAGAAGCUACAAAUGGACAUGGGCCAUGAUAAGAAGCAGGGAAAAAAGAAGGCAUGUCGAUUGAAUGGAUGUACAAGCAGUUUCAAUGGGGAGGAAAACGAAGAAGCUGGACCUUCUGCCUGCUCAUCUACUGCAAAUACUAGUGAAAACUGUGAUUCCGAAAAAUGCUCAAACACGAACAUUGAUGCUAGUUCAGUGGAAUCAGGCAAAGACAAUCUUGCAGAGGAGGCAGGACGGACGUCAAUGAAUAUCCUGCAAAUGAAUGAUGACUGCCUCAUGCUAAUUUUUGGCCAACUGGAUUUGAUGGAUCUGAUUUCUCUGGAGAAAACCUGUGAUCGUUUCGGCAGUAUUGUGAAUGAUAUUUAUAAGCGGUAUAAAAAAUUUGAUUUUGAUGAUGAAUUGCAAAACAAAGCUUACCUAACAAUGUUAGACGCUAAAACAGUGCUUACGGAGGUUGGAUCGUUCAUGCGUUCUUUGUCAAUUUCACAGAAUCGAUUUCUGCAACCAGGCUUAAGAGUCCUUAAAUUGAUACCUCGAUUUUGCCUAAAUUUGACGGAGUUGGAAAUACGAGAUUUUACGCUUAAUCCUAUCACGAUCCAAAGUUUAGAAAGUGUGUUUAAAAACUUGGAAGCACUGAGCCUCGUAUGCUGUGGCAUCAGUGACAACAUUGAAACCAGUUUAAGUCGAGCCAAAAACUUGCACCGAUUGGAUUUAUCACUAAACAGCGAAAUUAUUGGCAACUGUUUGAAGGGAAUAGGAAAUCUUAAAUAUCUUAAUUUAGACAGCUGUCAAAAUAUUCAGGGAAAACCAUUUGCUGCGUUUGCUGCCAAAAAUAAAACCCUGGAAUAUCUGAAUAUCAACUGCUGUAGCCGACUGACAGUAGAUGCCAUCAAAUCAAUCGUAAAUAACAUGACGGAACUAUCCCAUUUGGUAUGCAACAAUUGCUAUGAUAAUGUAGAUCCUGCCAGCAUGGCAUUACUUGCCAAAUUGCCUAAACUUACAAAGAUUCAGUUCAAGUUUAAUAGCUAUUCACCGAUAGAUCAGAUUUUGAAAGACUUAGUGGAAUCCGAUAAAUUAGAACAUCUAGAUCUAUCAGAUGGAAUCUUUACUACGGUAGACUACAAUCUUCUUUGUGGUUUAACGCGGCUAACGGAGUUGAAGCUUAAUUAUAAGCUAGAUUUCACUGAUCAGCACCUAUCCAAACUGGCGGCCAAAGGAAACUUUGUGGAACUGCACAUUGCCGGGUGCACUAGUGUCCGCGAUAAGCAACUUCUUGAAUUUAUCAAAAUGAAUCCUCGGUUAAAGCUCCUAGACAUUUCGUACUGUCAGAUUAGCGAAGGUCUGAUAUUUUCAGCCAUCGACAUAUUAAAGGAGCAAGCGGUUUUGCGCGAUGCCUCUCUUAGUAGAAAGCUUAAAAUGAUGGUCGGACAAACUUCUAUUUGUCCUGUAAUAAACGAGAACAAUUUAAUUCAAAAUAAUCGGCAUCUAUUAGAAAUUUCAUUCGACUAUACGGAGGGCUUUUAUGGAGAGUUGGAUGCUGACGACAUGUACGACGACGUGGAUGAGGAUGAUGAAGAUUUCAUGGGAUACGAUAACGAAGAGCAUUUGUGGGGUUUAGAUUACGAUUCCGAAUUGGAUAUGUAUCAGCAGUUCUACGAUAGUGAUGAUGACGUUUCGCGGUUCCUAUUUUUUGGAUAAUUGGCACGAAUGGAAGUUGGCUCCCGUCCUAGCGACAGUACAUGUAGAAGAGAUGUUUAUUUUUUUGGGCAUAAACUAUUAUUUGUUGACUAUUCUAUUAAAAGAUACGCCCUCGAUUUAUAAAUUCUCAAAAGCAAAAAAACAUCACUCGAUUUUUUGCACCAUGUCAGGUUUUGUACUUUCGUCAGUUUCUUUGUUGUAACAAAAUUCGAUUUAGCAAUAAGCUUUUUUUUACCGUUUUCCUUUGAAUAUGUUACCUAUUUUUUGUUUAUCCUAAUAUAACCUCAUGUAGCUUUGUCUACGCAAACCUGUUUUGCAAAUCGAAAAAAAAUGUCAAUAAAUAAACACGUAAUAAGCUAAUAAGAUAGGGGGCUUA